ACAGCAUCAUCAGCACCAGCGCAACAGACCAUCUUGAUGCUCAAGCUUCAUGUCUCUACUAUCAUUCCGGGCAGAAUUUGCACGAAAAGCCUUGAUAUUAACGUUAUUAACGUUAAUAAGAGUUUGUUUCACCGUAUAAGUCGAGAUUCGUAUACUAAACAGCAGUCAAUCUCGGUAUAGUGAGGGCCUCGUCAGAACGCGGAACAUCGUUUACAUCUGGAUUGAUCAGAGCUGUUGUUGUUUUUUUUCGGUGAUUUCGGUGGUUUCAUGUGUAUAAGGGUGUAAGGCUCUGCUCAGUGGGAUGCACAUCAGUGCUUUGCCGUAUUCUCUCUCCGUUAUAAUGGCUGCUCUAUAUCAGGGCACGGACUCGUCCUCUCCGGAUAAAUAUCUGGCGUUAAAAGACGUCAGAGAGGUGAAGGAGGAGACCACUCUGGACGAGAAGCUCUUUCUGCUGGCCUGCGAGAAGGGGGACUACUACAUGGUGAAGAAGCUUUUGGAGGAGAAACGACAUGGCGAGUUGAACAUUAACUGUGUAGAUGUGCUCGGGAGAGACGCUGUCACCAUUUCAAUCGAGAAUGAGAAUCUAGACAUAUUGCAGCUGCUCUUGGAUCAUGGCUGCCAGGCCACAGAUGCAUUAUUAGUGGCUAUUGAUUCAGAAGUGGUAGGAGCAGUUGACAUCCUGCUAAACCAUCGGCCCAGGCGUUCUUCCAAGCCUUCUAUCGCGAAACUGAUACAGAAGAUUCAGAACCCAGAGUAUUCCACCACCAUGGAUGUUGCUCCAGUCAUUCUUGCUGCCCACAGGAACAAUUACGAGAUUUUGACCAUGCUUUUAAAGCAAGACAUCUCUCUGCCACGACCCCACGCUGUAGGGUGUGAGUGUACUCUCUGCAAUGCCAAGAACAAGAAGGACAGUCUUCGUCAUUCAAGGUUCCGUCUAGAUAUCUACCGAUGUCUCGCCAGCCCGUCCUUGAUCAUGCUGACAGAAGAAGACCCCAUUCUGAGGGCGUUUGAGCUCAGCGCUGAUCUGAAAGAGCUGAGCCUGGUGGAAGUGGAGUUUCGGAACGAUUAUGAAGAACUUGCCAAGCAGUGCAAGAUGUUUGCCAAGGACCUGCUGGCUCAGGCCCGCAACUCUCGUGAGCUGGAAGUCAUACUAAACCACACAUCCAGCGAGGACCACGUAGACAAGAGAGGCCUUCUGGAGGAACGCAUGAACCUCAGCCGCCUCAAACUGGCCAUCAAAUACAACCAAAAGGAGUUUGUCGCCCAAUCCAACUGUCAGCAGUUUCUGAAUACGGUGUGGUUUGGCGAGAUGGCGAGCUACCGCCGCAAACACACCUGCUUAAAGAUCGUGUCUGUUUUGAGCGUGGCACUGCUGUGGCCCUUGCUGUCCAUCUGUUACCUGCUGGGUCCCCGUUCUCGCGUCGGCCAGGUCAUCCACACUCCUUUCAUCAAGUUUAUCAUUCACAGUGCUUCUUACUUCACCUUCCUGCUGCUUCUGAACCUGUACUCGCUCAUUUACAACGACAAGAAGAAUAUGGCUCCUGCGCUGCAAUUCAUAGACUACCUUCUCAUUCUCUGGAUCAUAGGCAUGGUGUGGUCGGAUGUGAAGCGUCUCUGGUAUGAGGGAUUAGAGGAUUUCCUGGAAGAGUCACGGAACCAGCUGAGCUUCGUCAUGAACUCGCUUUAUCUGGCCACUUUUGCCCUAAAAAUAGUGGCUCACAACAAGUAUAGCAAAAUUAUCAAACCAGAGGAAAGGAAAGAAUGGGACGCCUUCCAUCCCACCCUGGUCGCCGAGGGUCUUUUUGCAUUCGCCAUAGUUCUGAGCUAUCUACGCCUCUUCUUCAUGUACACCACAAGCUCCAUCUUGGGGCCUUUACAGAUCUCCAUGGGUCAAAUGCUACAAGAGUUUGGCAAGUUUCUUGGCUUAUUCCUGCUAGUGCUCAUCUCUUUCACCAUCGGCCUGACACAGCUGUAUGGAAAAGAUCAAGAUCCAUCCAAGACCAAAGACGAUAACAAGGACUGUGAGGGGAUCUACUGUCAGCAGCAGAGCAACGACACCUUUCACACGUUUAUGGGGACGUGUUACGCACUCUUCUGGUACAUCUUCUCUUUGGCACAUGUUAAUUUGUUUGUGACGAGGAUCAGCUACACGGAGGAGCUGCGGUCGUUUGUUGGUGCUCUUAUCGUCGGAACCUACAACAUCGUUGUGGUCAUCGUUCUUACCAAACUCCUGGUGGCCAUGCUGCAUAAGAGCUUCAGACAGAUCGCUAACCAUGAAGAUAAGGAGUGGAAAUUUGCUCGGGCGAAGCUGUGGCUCAGCUACUUCGAUGACAAGUGCACACUGCCUCCACCCUUCAACGUCCUUCCCUCACCCAAGACCGUGUGCUACCUAGUGAUCAGCAUGAGCAAAUGGAUCUGUUCCCACACCUCCACAGGCAAGGUCAAGAGGCAGAAUAGUCUGAGGGAAUGGACGAACCUGAAGCAGAAAAGAGAUCAGAAUUACCAGAAGAUUAUGUGCUGUCUAGUGCACCGUUACCUGACCUCUACGAGGCAGAAGAUGCAGAGCAUGGACCAGGCCACAGUAGAGAAUCUCAACGAUCUGCGGCAAGACCUCUCCAAGUUUCGCAAUGAAAUGAGAGACCUUUUGGGCUUUCGCACUUCCAAAUAUGCCAUGUUCUACCCCAGAAGCUAAGCCAUGCCUGUUUAUUUAAAGUGACCCAGCAUGCUCAGCAAU